UUUUCUUUUUUUUCUUCCUCUUUUGGUUCCUUUUCUUUUUUUAUCAACUAUUUGUGAAAUAGCAUGACCAAAUCGACUCGACAAACUAAACCUACUCGAAAAAGACAAGUGGAAGAAUCUGAUAAUGAAGACGAUCACCUUGACAAUAUCGCCAUCGAUAUGGGAUCUUCUGAUGAAGAAGCUGAUUAUUCUGACAAUGACGACAGUAAUACUAUUGAAACAUUCCCUGAAUUGACUUUAAGUGACGAUGACGAAAACGACAGCGAUUUUGAAUCUGAUCAAGAAGUUGACGAAGAAGAAGAAGAACAAGACAGUGAUUAUUUGGAAGGUGACAGUUUAGACGAAGAUGAUCUGGAUCAAGAAGAAUCUAAAAAGAUCUCUUACAAACGUGAUAAAAAUGGUCAUGUGGAUAUUUUACCUGAAAUCGAAGCCAAUUAUGAUAGUGAUUCAUCUACUGAAGAAACUGAAAACACGGUUGGAAAUAUUCCCAUGGAAUGGUAUGACGAUUUGCCUCAUAUUGGAUACGACAUUGAUGGUAAAAAGGUUCUGAAACCAGCAACUGGAGAUGAACUCGACAAAUUUUUGGCUACGGUGGAAGAUCCUGAUUCCUGGAAGUCAGCUUAUAGUAUCAAGGAUGCCAAGGAUAUUGUGUUGAAUGAAGAAGAACUUGAUAUUAUUCAACGAUUACAAGAAGGACAGAUUCCUGAUGCAGCCUAUGAUCCUUAUCAACCAACUGUAGAAUUCUUUACCAGCAAGACCGAAACAAUGCCAUUAUCAGCAGCAACGGAACCAAAACGACGAUUUAUUCCAUCAAAAUGGGAAGCCAAGAAGGUUAUGAAGAUUGUACAAGCUAUUCGGAUGGGACGUAUUGUACCUCGCAAAGCCCAAAAGGAACAACCUAAAUUCUACAACCUAUGGACAGAUGAUGAUAAACCUCGAGAAGAUCAUGUUAUGCAUAUUGCUGCACCCAAGAUGAAAUUACCUGAACAUGAUGAAAGUUACAAUCCUCCUGCUGAAUAUUUACCUGAUGAAAAAGAAAUUCAAGAAUGGAAUGAUAUGGAUGCUCCUGAUAGACCCAAGAAUUAUUUGCCAAAGAAAUACAACAGUUUACGAAAAGUACCUGCUUAUGAUCAAUUUAUUCAAGAACGAUUCCAACGAUGUCUUGAUUUGUAUUUGGCUCCAAGAGUCAGGAAGAACAGACUCAAUAUUGAUCCUGAAUCACUUAUUCCAAAAUUACCUAGUCCCAAGGAUCUUCGACCAUUCCCUACUCAUCAAUCCAUCUCAUACGAAGGUCAUACUGGUCGUAUUCGAUCAUUAUCUAUUCACCCUAAUGGUCUCUUUGCCUUAUCAGGAGCUGAUGAUAGUACAGUGCGUUUAUGGGAAGUAUCAACUGGACGAUGCUUAUUUAUGUGGAAAUUCGAUUCAGUUAUUCAUGCUUUGGCUUGGAGUCCUAAUUCAGAUAUGUGGUUAUUUGCCGUUUCUAUUGGUCAUGGUGAAGUAUUAUUGGUGGUACCUCCUCGUUUAUCUUCACCAGAACAAGCUACAUUGGCGGAUCAAUUUGUACGGGGAGGAUUUGCGGUUCCGACGGAAACAGAUAGUAACCUUAUUAAAUGGAGCAAGACCUCAGAAGAAGAAAAUACAAAAUAUGGUUACAAAGUUCGAUUACAACAUACUCAAGUGGUUAAACAAAUUGUAUGGCAUCGUAAAGGUGAUUACUUUGCUACAGUAUCUCCAGAUGCUGGUAAUUUGGCUGUUCUGGUUCAUCAAACAACACGACAUCAAACUCAAACUCCUUUCCGACGACUCAAGGGUACUGUUCAAAAAGUGGCUUUCCAUCCUAUCAAACCUAUCUUCUUUGUGGCAACUCAACUCUACGUACGUGUAUAUGACUUGAUGCAACAACAAUUGAUUCGUACUUUGAAUCCUGGUGUUAGAUGGAUUUCAAGUAUCGAUGUUCAUCCUGCUGGUGACAAUAUUAUCGUGGGUAGUUAUGAUAAACGUGUAUGUUGGUUUGAUCUUGAUCUUAGUGCGCGUCCCUACAAAUCUUUACGUUUCCAUGCCAAGGCUGUUCGUCAAGUUUCUUAUCACAAGCGAUACCCUCUCUUUGCUUCUUCAUCUGAUGAUGGUACGAUUCAAGUAUUUUAUGGUAUGGUUUAUAAUGAUCUUCUUCAAAAUCCAUUGAUUGUACCUGUUAAAAUUUUACGUGGUCAUGAUAUUGCCGAUCAUCUUGGUGUAUUGGAUAUUGAAUUCCAUCCUACUCAACCUUGGUUAUUCUCUUCUGGUGCUGAUGGUUCUCUUCGACUUUGGACUUAGUUUUAGAAUUAACACAAUAGAAAUUAGAAAUCCUACUCUUUCUCUCCCCCUUUUUUUUUCUUUCAUGCAAAUCAUUUUGGUCUCCCUUUUAUUAUUCUCUCAAUUUCACUUUUUCACAAUAUGUCUUUCAUAUAUACAUUUUUAUAUAUUCAUUCCUAUAAUAAAUAGAAAAAAAAAUCAUCUUC